GUAUACUACUCUCUUCGACAACCAAGCAAGGAAUUUGAAAUUAACAAAAAUACUGGCAAAUUAACGGUCCGGUCAGCCCGAUCGGAUGUUAUCAAUUUAGUAAAACCGGAUUUCACAAAAUCUUCAUUUACUUUACUUGACCGAGAGCAACAAGAUUCCUACGAACUGGCUAUUGUGGCUGAAGACGGAGGUGACCCACCAAGGCGUGCCACGACUAUUAUUCAUAUCGCAGUAUCCGAUGUGAAUGACCACGCGCCACAAUUUCGUUACCCAAUCCCACACGGUCCUGGCAGCGUACUUAAUGUUUCUUGUGCACAACUGAGCAAUCAGAUAAUCGCUCGCGUGCACGCAAACGACUCUGACAGUGGUCAAAAUGGUGAGAUCGAAUAUAGCAUCAUCCGCGAUAUCUCAAUAAACAACAGACCAAAACGAGAGCCUGAGCCAGCCAUCGUCAAAGUACGAAAUGAUUCGGAUUCCGGUAGUCAGGCUUCCUCCAAAAGAGACGUCAAAUUCUCGAAUGAACCAAGCAAGUCCAACGAAACAAAGGAUCGAAAUCCAUCUUCGCCACCACCUAUCAGCUCUUCCAGUCGAUCAGUUGCCAACAGGAGGCAAUUUCAUUCCUCACCGAUACCAAGUACUAUCGUUAGAGGACCAACGACCGAUAAUUUUGAGAUCAACAGCUACAAUGGACAAAUUUUCCUCAUCCAUCCAAUAGAAGACUGUAGCAGACCGGCAGACGUACGCCUUUUGAUACAAGCCAAAGAUAGAGGUAGUCCUCCUCAAUCCUCAACAGCACUACUCACCAUUCAUAUUCAUCCAACAGAGCAGAGUGACAUGUACCCCUUAUCGGCUGCGAAUGGGCUGGACAGCCACCCACACGAUCGAAUCACUCUUGCAGACAAGGUUUCUGAUUCUAAUACCUGGUCAAGCAGACAACAGUCCGGUUAUGAAAGGCGGUUUCAACGCAAGUCUUCCGUAUCCAACCCGGAUUCGUCUGUUCACUUUUUGUCUGGAUCUUCUCAUUGGUCUGCGAUUGUGGGUCUAGUGGUAGCCAUGGUUAUCCUAGUCUUACUGCUUUGCCUUAUGCUGGUCAUUCUCCGUCGACGGUUCAUACUCGAGGAUCAGAAGGUCACAAUUGGCAAGGACGGAGGUAUGGGCCGGAACUCUGAAAAGCCAGGCGAGAUCAGUCCCGUCGUCCGAACCAUGGAUGGCUCUCGCGCAGGACUGUAUUACAAGGGGUCUCAAAGUGGCCACUCAAUGCACGAGAUGAAGACAGGGUCACCACCUCAACGUUCCCUAUCACCCACAACAUUAACACGCUUGGAUGAUAUCAACUGUUCGUCUGUCACAUUGGAACUUGGUCCACAAGCCAUGCUGAACACGCAUUACUUUUGCACAAUGCCACCGUCGACGACACACACGACCUUGAAUUCCGGGGAGCUGGGUACCGUUCAACGUGAAGGUCGCAUGCAGCCGGCACUGAGGGAAAACCCGCUUGGAUUUAGUCCACCUACACAAGUGAUUUACCGGGCAGCAAAUGGAGACCUGUAUGGAUACGUGGAACCGCAGCCACAGAACAACCUGACUAAAGGAGGGCAUACUUACCAGACCCUGCAGCUGAAUCAACGUUCAAAGACUCUGAAUCCAAAUACACUCAUUCAACCAUCACACAGUACAUUCAGAGGGAACAACGACUGUUUCCAGCGCAACAUACUGGUAGAAAACGGGCCACAAGCAUAUAACAAAACGGGACAUUAUACACCAUUGUUGGGUACGGCGAACUCCUCAGAUAUGUUCAGAUUGUUACAAGCGUCCCAGCCGGAUCUGACGGAAAAACGACUAGCUACAGGAUCCGGAUCGGACGACAAACUGAUCCAACUAGUCAGCGAUCGAGCCUUCAGUUUGACUGACCUCACACCAUCGAAAACCGACGAGAUGAAGUCAGAAGAUCAGGCGGCCGAGAGUGGGGCCGAAGCGCUUCGAUCGUUCAAACAGAGGGAUCGAACGAAAUCGAGUCAAACCAAAUGCAGUCAACAAAAACCAAGUUCCAAGAACAAAACAAUCAGUUGCGUUAAUCCAAGUAGUGGAGCCCAGCCCCGCAUAUACAACACCCAUUCUCCCAGCAAAACCAUGGCCAAAUCGGUCACCGUUAACAUUGAACCGCGUCGAGGUAGUAGCCCGCUAGAGACGUAUAAUGCAGCCAGUUUUGUAUGAUAAAAAGACGCCGUAAGACGAUACCACCGUGAGGAAUUGUCGGCUAUUUACUUAUUCUAGUCAGGUAACAUUCUGUCGUACAUUCCAUCGGUACGAACACAUUCGCUUAACCGUUCAUUUCCGCCCUUAUCCCUCCUACAUACUUCCGACAACAUUUGCCAAACAGUUACACCCUUUGCAGAGGAUCCGAUUUCUCCCCAACCACACAUAGACACACACACACACACACAAUGCGCCAAACAAAAUGAUAGCUCAAAGAGCAAAUACUCAGCGCCGCAACAAGCAUUUAGUGCAACUGUGAGGACGAGCGGUGAAACCGGACGCAGCGAAAGUGAAUUGUAAAUAACAGGAAGUUCGUUGCGCACACGAACAAAUGGCUGAUAGUGCGUCCGGACAGACAUUCGUGGAAAAAAAACUCAACCCUCGCCGGCAAGAAACUGACAGCAGACCCACUCCCCUCCCCCUUGUUCAAAGGUUCACUGUCAACCAGCUGGUAUGGACAAAACUCAUCUGGAACAUUCUACAGUGUCUAAGGGAGCUAGGGGUGCAGAUAGUCCAUCCAUUCUCCAAGUACCGAGAUGCUCCAUACCCCAUCAUUUGUGUAUACACGUGUAAAGCUUUAGUUUAAUUGAAAACAGUGUGAAGUUAUUAAUUCGACUUCAAUUACUGUGAAAUUAAUUCUGUACAAAAAGAACGGUUCUGUUGUGCAGAAAAACCUUUUUUCUCUGAAUGUGAAUUUGGGGAUGGGGGGGGGGGGGGCAGUAUGACGAGGAUUAGAAAAGAAACUGAUUAUCAUCUAGCUCUAGAGAAGGCGGGCCAAAGUUCGCGUAUAGAGCUUGAUGACUCAAGGCAGGGUCUGUACAAAAUCAGUUUUUAAAAUGAAAUUUGGACUUGCGAGGAAAAAAAUCACAUCACAAAACGCGCCUCUGAAUCAAUGCAAGUUGAACUGAUGUGGAAUGAUGGCUGACGUCUCAGUUCUUCGAUUUAGGGCCGUAGAUGAUGAUCAACACCAGGAUGGUGAUGCACAAAGCGAUGACAAGAACGAUGCUGCAGAUGCAACAUCGCUUGCGCGCUCGUUGCUGGAAAAUAGAGAGACACGUGCCAGGAGGAGGGAUAACACAAGCGCGUUUAGAAUUUAAAGUCCGUCGUUGGCUUCCUUCAGACAGGGUUGAUUCAAAAGAGCGAAAUGCUAGAACGGAACGACUUACUUCAACAUUUAGCGAAGGAACUGCUCGCAAUCUUAUGUCAUACACCGGUGAGUGCCCAUGAAUAAACGAGACUUACUUAGGGAAUACGGCUCGGACAAUAGCAUAGUAUUAAUCUACAGACGGGAAGUAAGAGUGAACUACAUGUUCCCUGGUGAACACAAAGUUAACGAGAGAGGAACCUGCCUCACAGGAGACGUUCAGGCGUGCCAGCCUCCAAAAAUUAAUCGAGCCCGAUAAAAAUUCUCUCUGGUUGUGAAAGGAAUAUCCAGCUAUUUUGAACAAACCAUCCAGAAACUAAGAAAAUCGUUGACGCGUAGGUCGAACACAAAAGUACCAGACAGGAUUGAAGAUUAGCAUCCCGCGAAACACUAACUGGAAACACCAGACAAAGGCUAUGUUGUAACCCAUGUCCGAAAAUAGAGGGGGUCAUAGGAUUUUUAUAACCGGCUGAAUGAAACCAAAAGCAGUUGGUUUUGUUAAGUCGGGCAGAGAAGUCGAACGCAUAACAUUUGUUGUGUAAGCAAAGAGUACAAGUUCGGAAGGGGACUGUUCCCCUAGGGAUAACAAAUGCACCUAAGCGACGAAGAGAAAAUACAUGUGUGUGCAAAAAUCAGUGAAACUUAGGAGGAAGAUACACUAACAAAAGGUUUGGAUUCUAUAGGCCUGGUGAGAUAAAAUGCAAGUUGACAGAAUUUCUCAUAAAAGUAAAAAAAAACAGACAGAAAAGAGUACACUAAAAAUACACCUCCGUUACUGACUACAGACUGAAAAAGUUAUAACUGCAAACUGCGCGGGAGUGGUGGUUACACCAUGUAGACAGUAGAAUGAACUCGCCAAAUAAACGUGAAUAAACGGACCAAAUGC